AUGUCGACGACUGCGAAGCCGGCCAAGACCAAGACGGUCGUCCUCAGGCUCUCACCCGAGGCCCUGUCCAAGUUUCCAUCAGCCACGCCCUCGCAGUCAUCCAAGCCCAACUCGUCACCCCCAGAGACUGCACCCCAGAUCGUUCUCGAGCCACCAUCGGCCGACGCUCCCGCCGACUCGACACCUGCCGUCGAGGGCCCCAGCACACCCUCAUCACUCGCGCCACCAGCAACAGACGCAGGGAGCAAGCGGAAGGGGCCCAAGCCUGCCGUCAAGCGCAAUGCUGCCGCCAUGGAAGGCACACCAAAAGCGCGCGGCAGACCAGGACCCAAGAAGAAGCAGAAGCUUGGUGACAUGAUCAACGAUCCAAACAACAAGAGUCCCUUUGCAGCUGCAACUCCCCUCGCGAAACUCGGUCCCAAGGCGAACCAAGGCGCCAUCAAUGCCGGCCUUCGCGCCCUCGACCGCACUGGGAAAUUCAAGUGCCGCAAGUGGGAGAAGAAGGGUUUCCAACUGCGCAGCUUCACUGGCGUGGUGUGGGAGGCCCCCAGCUGGCGAGCACCCAACCGCGGUGAUGCCUUCUCCGAGGAUGUCAAGAGCGAUACCACCGGGUCAAGCGAUCCGAAAGUAAAGGACGAGAGCAGUGCUGUCAGCGACAAGAGUGGCGCCAUUGGGGACCGCACAUCACUACCGCCCUUGAACCACGCCACGACGAAUUCACAAAUUCUCCCUGCUACCCCUUCGUAG